AUGAUAAUUAAUUUCAGAAUUAUUUCUCUUAAAUGCAAAUACAUCCUCUGCACAACAUCCUGUGAAUCCAGUUUGAUAAUAUAAGGUCGUCAUGAUGUCAAGUAAUAUGGAGAAUGUCGCGCCUAACGUACUGCGUACUGUACUGAAACAGGCCCAGGCUCUUGUACAGGAGAAGAUGGAGGGAAUACAUGUACUGCUCAACGAUGAUGAUAUGACCGAUAUUCAGGCUGUCCUGGAUGGUCCCCCUGGAACCCCGUAUACAGGAGGAUGUUUCCGUGUGAAGAUAGUAUUAAGUAAAGACUACCCGGCUACUCCUCCUAAAGGAUUCUUUCUUACAAAGAUAUUUCAUCCAAACGUUGGACCACAGGGUGAGAUAUGUGUGAAUACUCUGAAGAAGGAUUGGAAACCAGAUCUGGGGAUUAAACAUAUUCUUCUGACCAUCAAGUGCCUCCUUAUUGUUCCUAACCCAGAGUCUGCACUAAAUGAAGAGGCCGGAAAACUACUUCUAGAACAAUAUGAUUCUUACUGUGAACGUGCUCGUCUUUAUACAGAUAUACAUGCUAAACCAUCCAAAUCCUCUUCAUCUUCAGAAAAUAGGAAACGAGGAGACCUGAGUGAACCUUCCUCUGAGACUGAUAAGAAGGAAAAGAAGGGAAAACUGAUGACGAAGGAUAAAAAGAGAACCCUCAAACGUUUGUAACUAAAUAUAUUUCAGUUUUUUUUUAUACUUUUUAUGUCUAGUACAAAUGUUCGUGGCUACAAAGGAAAUGAUUUUUUCCCCCUUUUCAAAUCUAGAAUCUAGUUUCUGAUUUUAGAAUCUGUUAAUUGUGAAUUUAUGAUCUU